UAUCUUGUUCGUCUCAUUCUUCUUUCUUUUUCUCCCAUCUUUAUCAGCUUUUUAAUAUUUUUAUUGGACAAUUUCAAUAAUUAUAAUUAAUUAUUUUUAUUUUUAAAGUGAAAAUAUUAUCACUUUUCAAAAUACGCUUAUGGACUAUUUUUUAUUAAAUAAUUAUAGUUAAAAUUUUGUGUUUAGAAAACUUGUUUGUACCGCCAAGUUCCAUUCACCCUCUGACGCAAGCUUCCCAGAUUUAGUCACCAUAUGCAAACUGCAUCACCUCUAAGAGCUAUUACAGGUGAAAAUGGAAAUUCAGGACAAAGAUGAGAUCAAUAAUUGUGUGAUCAAGCUGAGAGAAAAUCCCCAAAAACGAAGGGAAAAGGUUUGCAUUGGAUGUGGUGCUGGAUUUGGAGGUGAUAGGCCAUUGGCAGCUCUUAAGUUGCUCCAGAGAGUCAAAGAACUGAAUUAUCUUAUACUUGAAUGCUUAGCAGAGCGCACCCUUGCUGAUCGAUAUCAAGUUAUGGUGUCAGGUGGCGAUGGUUAUGAUUCUCGGAUUUCAGAUUGGAUGAGUUUGCUUUUACCUUUGGCUGUGGAGAGAGGAACUUGCAUAAUCACCAACAUGGGUGCAAUUGAUCCACUUGGUGCACAGGAAAAGGUUAUUGAAAUAGCAAGAAGUCUGGGGCUUAAUGUUUCUAUUGGUGUGGCUCAUGAGGUUACUGCCUCUAGUACAGGUUCAGGAUCCUCUCACAAAUCAUAUGCGGUGGAAGGUGGAAUUAGCACGUAUCUUGGAGCAGCUCCUAUUGUUGAAUGUUUGGAGAAGUAUCAGCCCAGUGUAGUAAUUACCUCGCGCAUUGCAGAUGCUGCUUUAUUUUUAGCUCCAAUGGUCUAUGAACUGGGUUGGAACUGGGAUAACUUUGAGCAACUAGCACAGGGGUCUUUAGCUGGCCAUCUUCUGGAGUGUGGUUGUCAACUCACAGGAGGCUACUUCAUGCAUCCAGGGGAUAAGCAUCGAGGCAUGUCAUUCGCUCAGCUCCUAGAUUUAUCACUUCCUUAUGCUGAAAUUACUUUUGAUGGAGAAGUGUGUGUGGCCAAGGCAGAAGGAACUGGUGGAGUUUUAAAUUUCGGUACUUGUGCUCAACAACUUCUUUAUGAGGUUGGGGAUCCAAGUGCUUAUGUCACCCCUGAUGUGAUAAUUGAUUUUCGAAAUGUUAGAUUCCACCCAUUAUCAAGUUCAAAGGUUUUCUGUACUGGGGCAAGACCUUCGCCUAAGUUAGUUCCUGAUAAACUCCUGAAGUUAAUUCCUAAGGAAUGUGGUUGGAAAGGAUGGGGAGAGAUAUCUUAUGGGGGAUAUGGGUGUGUUCAACGUGCUAAGGCUGCAGAAUUCCUGGUCAGAUCAUGGAUAGAAGAAGUAUUGUCUGGCCUUAGCAGUCAUGUAGUUUCUUAUAUAAUUGGACUAGACAGCCUGAAAGCAACCAGCAUUGACGACAAUGCUUUGUCUCGGACAUCUAGUGAUGAUGUUCGAUUACGUAUGGAUGGAUUAUUUGAACAGAAGGAACAUGCAGUCCAAUUUGCUAGCGAGUUUACAGCUUUAUAUACAAAUGGACCAGCUGGUGGCGGUGGUAUCAGUGUUGGGCACAAGAAAGAGAUUCUUCUUGAAAAACAAUUGGUUGAGCGUGACCAUGUUUUCUGGCGAGUUGCAGUAAAGCACACUGAAGUCACGAAAUCAAAUAACAGAAAUGGCCUUGAAGACCUGACAAAAACUUGUGCUUCACAAGGAUUAGUACUGCCUCCGAUGAAAGAAGCUGAUAAAGAGAAUUAUCGCUUGAAUUUUUCACAUUCUGAAGUAGGCAAUUCUCCUGCUCCUUCUGGCAAAAAGAUUCCACUUUAUGAUGUAGCACAUAGCAGGGCUGGAGACAAAGCAAAUGACUUGAAUUUUUCGAUCAUCCCGCAUUUUGCUUCCGAUAUCGAAAAGUUGAAGUUGAUCAUAACACCCGAGUGGGUAAAGGAAGUAGUCAAAGUUCUUCUAAAUAGCUCUUCAUGCCUUGACUCUAAUGCCAUCUAUAAGAGAGACAAAUGGGUUGAUGAACACAUUAAAGUUGAAAUUUACGAAGUUGCAGGAAUCCAAUCUUUGAAUAUCGUGGUCAGAAACAUUCUUGAUGGAGGUGUCAACUGCUCUCGAAGAAUUGACCGCCAUGGAAAGACCAUUUCAGAUCUCAUACUUUGCCAACAAGUUGUGUUGCCUCCAUAAUUAAAGUCCUCUAAAGUCUUCUGCAGUGUGGUUUGGUUCUAAAACUGUGUCAUGCAGCAAUUCUUUCUGCUAUAUAUUGCAUCUAUAUUUCUCAUACAAAAUAUGCAUAUUGAAAUUUCAAAAACUACUUAUAAAGAAACAAAUCUUUAAUAUUGGAUUUCAUCAAUAUAUUCUUCAUGGCUAAAGUUCUUAUUU